CUGUAGGAGUUUCCGCCAGCAUGUGUGCCGACAGAGGGUAGGCCCACUGCUGGCCGCCGAGGAGGGGAGGAAAAGUGUGUUUACACAGACGGCUAGCUGCCUGGGGAAUCGGAGGGGAGAGGAAGUGAGCCGGCUCUGCGUCUGCCUGCUCCAACUUCCUGCUCUGAGAAAGAAAAAGCCCAGGAUCCGAUUUCAGCGCAGCACAACCGUGCAGACCAGGAGUCAGCAUGGAAAAACAGGGGAGCGCACAGGCUUCGACGUAAAAAGUUUCGCGGAGUGAAGAGACCCAGCCCGGAGAUCGCAGGUAUGGACAGCGCCAUCACCCUGUGGCAGUUCCUGCUGCAGCUGCUGCUCGACCAGAGCCACAAGCACCUGAUCUGCUGGACGUCCACCGACGGCGAGUUCAAGCUCCUCAAGUCCGAGGAGGUGGCCAAGCUGUGGGGGCUGCGCAAGAACAAGACCAACAUGAACUACGACAAGCUGAGCAGGGCGCUGCGCUACUACUACGACAAGAACAUCAUCAAAAAGGUGAUCGGCCAGAAGUUCGUCUACAAGUUCGUCUCCUUCCCCGAGAUCCUGAAGAUGGACCCGCAGGCGGUGGAGAUGGGCCUAGCCGCCGGCAGGUUCCCCCUGCAGGACGGCGAGGCCCCCGAGCUGGAGGCUGAGACGGAGGAAGAGGAGGACAGCGAGGAGGAGGCCCAGAGGAGGACCCUGGCGGCCCUGGGGGCGCGGCAGUGCCAACGGGACUACCUCCACUCGGGCCUCUACUCGUCCUUCAGCAUCGGCUCCCUGCAGAGGGGCCUGCGCGAGCGCCAGGAGGAGCCGCGCUCCGUCAUCCGCUUCGGCGCCAACGCCACCGGGAGGAGCUCCCCUCCCGCCGUCAAGUCGGAGUCCUACGGCUCCCCCGGGGCUUCCGGACCCCCGACGCAGUCGCGCUCCCCGUCCUCCCCGCCGGGACGAAGCUGGAGCCCCUCCGUCAAGAAGGAGGACGAGGAGGAGGACUCGGACCAGAGCGCUCAGCCCCUCAACCUCUCCUCGGGGCACAGGGAGCGAGCCCUGCAGCCUCCUGAGAAGAGGAGCAGCAGUGGGAGGAGCGGCGGCGAGCGAGGAGAUGGACUCCCACCCAAAAGCAAAAAGCCCAAGGCCCUGGAGAUCUCCAGCCCGUCCCUGCUCCUGGCGGGGAGCGACAUCGGCUCCAUCGCCCUCAACAGCCCGGCGCUGCCGUCCGGCUCCCUCACUCCCGCCUUCUUCACGGCACAGGUGAGGCGCCCGGCCACAGACAGCCGCGUUAGGAGGGGCCCACCAGGAAGCUCGACUCCGUCGGGUCUGCUGCUGGCUCACAGUCCGCUGCUGUCGGGGAUCCACUUCUGGAGCAGCCUGAGCCCCGUCGCCCCUCUGAGCCCCGCCCGGCUGCAGGGCCACGGCUCCCUCUUCCAGUUCCCCAGCCUAAUCAACGGACACAUGCCUGUCCCCCUCCCAAGCCUGGAAGGAACACCCUCCUCCCUGCUCCUGUCCCCCGCCUCCCACAAGUCCUGAUCCAGGGGUCUUUCUGGUGGAAAAGCCUCCCGGCAUCAUCCGGCGCUUCAGGUUUCCCCCCCCCCCCGUCGCCAAUCGUCUGCAGGUUUCAUGUUCAAAUUCUGCUUCAACAAAAAGAAAAAAAAAAAAGUAGAGAGAGACUUGACCUCACACCGUUUUGCACUCGAGUUGCUGCAGAUUCUAGUUGUUUGAAAGCACUUGUGUAAAAGCCAUACAGUCUGAGAGACGUCCGCGGUAAAGGAACAGCACAUUCUGGACAUGGACAGGCUCAUUCUCUGCAGAAAUUAGUGUUUUGUUUUUUGUAAUCUUGUACAAAAGCUUCUUUAUUUUUUUUCCCUCUCUUUACAAAGUGAAACUUCUGGUUUCACUCAUGUGGUAAUGUAACGUAUGCACUAUGCUUUCCAGAUAGUACCAGCUGUGCCUUAUUGUUGUUUUUUUUUUUUGCUUUAUCUUUUUAAUGAAGACGAGAUUUCUAAUCAAUAAAACCCUUUUUGUAACAGUCAUGUACUUUUUUUAUACUGGACUUGGCAUACAGUUAUGCAUUCUGUAUAUGUUUUGUAUUGUAAAAAAAAAAAAGUCAUUUCCAAUAAAUGAGGCAUUGAAUGCA